UCAGGUUGAAUAGUUUAAUUUGAAAAAUAUAUACCAGAUCCCUGCGUCAUACGGCUGAACUGGGCUCGUGUCAUUGCUGCUUUAUCGUUGCUCAUCUUGUAAAACACAAUCUAGCAAAGGUUAGGCGAUAGACUCGUUUAACCAUUGAGAAGCAACCAUAUUUAUAUAUAUCCGCAUUAUAUCUUUUAUAGUAGUAUACAAACAUCACCCACACCACAAUCCCCACUCGAAAACUUACACACAAACACACAUAUCCCCACAUACAUAUAUACAUAUAUAUUUAACUUGUAUAAGAAGUUUUUUAACAUUAGUAUCUGCUCUUUGCACCACAAUCUAAAAUGGCUCGCAGGUUUUCGUUAGCGGUAGCAAAUGCAGAUCAAGGAGUGGAGGCUGGUACUCAACCUUUGAAUGCGUUUCUUGUCUCGUCCAACCAACUGAACGAUCUUUUACGCUGCACAUCAUUACCAAAUCUUCAAACUACAUCACCACAUCUGGAUGACAGAGAAAAAAAAGUAUAUUCGAUCUGUGACCUUAACACAUUUGACGAUCUGCCCAUUCCAAGAUCUCUGAGUUCCGAAUCACCAUCAGAAUCACCCACUUCUUCUCCAACCUUUAAAAAAUCAAAGCUUAAUCUGCAUUGUGCGAAAAACCAUUCACGAAGGCUUACAACUGCAAUUAAGUUUCAAAUACCGCAAGAUCUUGAAAAUAAACCAGUUUGUUAGUAAUGAUGUUAUGUAUGAACAAAAAAAUAAUAAAAAAAAAGGCAUCAAAUAA